CCCAGUCACGGCACCUCCCAUUUCCAUCGCGAAGAGCACUGUUGGCACACUGCUCGAAAACGACGCGUAUGCCGAGCCCGCGACCCUCAAACCUGGGUUGGCUUCACCCGAAUUAAGCGUAGCAACGAGAAUUACACGUUCCCGCGUUCAGCCGUUCGUCUGCCUACGAAGACUCAUCUCUUUCUCGCUUAUAUCGUCAUCCUACCCCGUACUUUGUCGUCUGGCGCUCGAAGCAGUCUUCCCACACCUGGUCUCCUUGUCUAUUAGGAAAUGGCCUCUCUUCCACCAUCAAUUCCUUAUCAGCACACUACAGUCAUGCCCCCCGCCCAUAAGGAGCUGAUUACUUCCGACGAUUUCAUCGACGUCGCUCUCGAGAGCGCGUUCAGAUACACCCGGUCGUCACGGUAUGCCCCACUGACGGCUGAGACUCAUGCGGAAGUCUAUGAACAACUUGCGAAGGCGUGUAGCAAUACUCCGAACUUGGAUCUGCUGAGAGAAGAGUCGACCUGGAUCAAAGAAAAGCUCAGACAAUUCGAGUUUACCAACUACACAGAAAUGCUCAGGGCUGGCUUGUUCCCUGGCAUCUCGUCGGUAACAACCCACCUCAAGCUCCUCCGCGUCUUACGCGACUUGCGUACCGAGAUCAUGGCGCGCGACGGCAUGUUUGGCAUCACUGAUGCCGAGUUUCCAAGCUACGCCAGCAGCAGCGACUACGACGGCAGACGCCUGCGGUGGCAGGUCUACGUCACCUACGCGGUCGAGCGAUAUACAAAGUGGUUUGAAAGCCUGCCGAGCAAAGGGCCAAUUAGUAAAACGGGACCAUCGUAUGACUUGCACGGCGAGGGUGAGGCGUACGAGAUCACGACCGAGAGUCUACCCCCGAUCGAUGUCUUGAUGGUCCUGCACUCGCACAUGCUUCACCCACGUGUGUACUGGCAGGACCUAAUGCGCUCGAAUCGAAUAGGCGUGUUUCGCUCUAUGAAGAUGCCGUGGGAGGCAAUGGAAUCGGCAAUUCAGCAGCCCUCGAACCCGAACGGGGCGUGGAAAUACAAUCCAUUCGAGACUGCACGCGAGUACUUUGAACUCAACACCAUGCGACAAUUUGAUCUCGAGGACGACAGCAAUUUAAAAUGCGUUGUCUGCCCGCAAUGCUCGUCCAUCAACUCUGUCGAGCUCUAUAACGAGUCCGGCACGGGCUGGGUGCAAUCCGAGUUUGAGUCCACCUGCACAGGCUGCAAGUACAGAAUCACACGCGAUGUGUUGGCGACAGCUGCUUUACUGGACGAUUGUCAGGCGUUUGAGGAAAGGGGCGUACCUCUCAAAGGUGCCUUACUUGACUACAUAGGCGUGCAGUAUUCCUCUCAAGACUUCUACGCGAUCCCCGGCGCUUUAAAUGCCGAAGUCACCGCUCUUUUCGCACACAUCACGCACCGCGAAGACUUUGACAUCGCGCAGUCUAAAGUGCGCGAGGUGUUUAACAAACUUUCCAGCUCCGCCGUGGCCGAGCAUCGGUGGCACACGAAGGAAUUUCGCGUGCUAUCGUCUUAUGUCAAAAAUUGCACGCCGUUCUGUAUAGAUCUUGAGCUGGCGGUGCUGAGACAGUGUGAUUUCGCAGACGAGAUAGUCAAGUACGCGUACCUGCACUCGCCAUUCCGGGAAAACAUGAUCAAGCAGGCAACCGUGCGAUUCUUCAAGUUCUUCUUCCUCGUCUGCUUUAAUGCCGACGACUUUCUCGCGCCGCCGAUCGACGCCGACAUUGUCUGGCACACGGUAAUGCUCGACCCUGCCGCAUAUGCGGCCACAAGCUUCGCGUUCAUGGGCUCGAUCAUGGACCACAACGACGACGUGGCCGAUGAUACGCUUUCAAAGUCGCACGAGCUGACCAUGCGCGAGUGGAAGAGGUACAAGAAGGUAGAUGACUUCAGUUACGACGGCUGCACCUGCGCGAUCUGCCAGGCCACGCGCGAAUACGACUCGCAACCCGAGCAGAGAAAGUUCAAAACGUCGCUCAAGAGCCGGUUUUUGUCCAAAUCCUCCCGCGCGGCCACGAUCGACCAGUUCUACGCCAUCAAAUGCGAAGAAUUGAUUCUGAGCGGCGACACGCUGGUGCAGCGCCUUACGCACACAUACUCUGUUGCUGAACACCUCAAGCUGUCUGCUAAAGCACCCGUCGAGCCAAAUUACUCGCACCCGUACUUCCUCGACCUGACUCCCUCGCCGAUACUGUCUGAGAAAGAGUCUCAGUUGCCGUCGUAUGAUGAUUUGCCGCCUGCAUACACCUCUGAGCCGGCGGCGUCAGACGGGUUUGGCGAGAUCUCGAGCACGCGGUACGGCCAGAAGGUGUGGACGCCGUACUACGAGUAUGCGUACACGAUUGCGACGGUCCUGCCGGCUGCGUACUAUGUGGGGUCUGUCGCGGGCGGAGGCGGACUUGGUGGAGGAUCGGGGACAUAUGGAGGCGGGUGCGCGAGUGGGACACAUCCUUCAGGGGGGUGUGGAGGUGGCGGAUGCGGAGGAGGUGGUAAUUAGACGCUCCUUCUGAUGCUUUGUGCUGUGUAUUCUACUAUUUUUUGUUUUUCUUUCACUUGUGCUCAGAGUGAUGAAUUGUAAAUCCCUUCGUCGCCAGAGCUGGGAUUAGGAGCUGACAACCUCGAGUUCAAUGUGUAGUAAUGAGGACCUUUAUUGGAAUUAAUAACGAUGACAGUUCUCAUUUGAAUUUCCUUACAGAAUCCAUUUUACAGUA